UGGAAAUCAGCUGCAUUGAUCAAAGCUGGACAUCUCCUUGGCUCAAUCAAUGUUCUCCGUGACCCUCAUAAUUAUUAUAACACUGAACAAACAAUCCGUACUAUUCUAUCUUGAUCGAACGGGGAUGUAGUUUUACGAACUCGCAGAGCUAGCUGGUGACAGUGCAGUCGGAGUUGGGCGAAGCCGAAGAUGAAGCAAGGCAAACACAACCGAGCUAAGGAGCGCCUACAGCAGCGAGCGGCGGCCAACCGCGCCGGACGCAUACCGGCUGCGUCAAUCGGCGACGGGUCCAGCUCCAGAGACGUUCUCUCAGGCGGAGCGUUCAAGCCGGUGAGGUCCCUCAGUGGCGUGUUCACGCCCGUCCAGCGAGCAGCGUAUUAUGUUGGCUCAUUCCCGGCUGCAGUACCUAAGGGAGAAGACAUCUCUAAAGUCGUCGAGAGAAAACUCAGAGCAUUGACUAUCAAGAAGGACGCGCCAGGUGUUCCUGUCAAAGUGGUCGUGCUGAAAGAUGGCAUCAAGAUCUUCCGCGUGGAUGGCGAGACAUUGUUCAUGGCACACUCAUUGUCACGCAUCUCGUUGUCCAUGGGCUUCAGGCACAUGCAGUGUUUUGCAUUCGUGGCCCGCAAUCCGACGGCACGAGGCGGUGAAACGCUAUGCCACGUUGUCUACUGCACCCAGGAGGAGACGCCUGACGAACUCAGCAAUCUCGUGUCCGAGGCGUUUCAACUGGCCUAUGUCGAGAUGCUGUCCAGCAAGUCACAUCUCGCCCAUGCGCCUAAACUCAUCAAGUCACCGUCCGGGGAUCUCCAGGACAUAGCAAAGCAAGGUUCCUCUGGCAAGCCUGCCUCGCGGCCACCAUCGUUGCCGGAGUCCGUAGCUGAGGUUGAUGUUGCUGAGCAGCAGCGUCUGCUGGAAAUGUUCAGCAAGCAACACGAGCAAAAGAAGCAGGAUACGCUGAAGGCACAGGCACAGGCGUCGCACUCUCCACGGCCGCAGAGUGCUGACGAGCAGCGGAGGAUCAGGGAGGAGCAGCAGGAGAAGAUGAUGAAACGGCUUGACUUGAUGCACCAGCGAGAGGAGUUGCUGGAACAGAAGCGUCGCCAACAGCAAGAACAACAACUUACACAGCAGCAGCAGCCACCACAGCCGCAGAACCAGCAGCAGCAGCAUCCACAAGAAACACUACCCGCUGGGCAAAGUCUGGUGGUGAAGAGAAGAGUGGUGCGAAAGGGAGACUCUACUGAUCCAGCAAAAAGCCCCCAGAUGCGUCGCAGGGUUAUGACGUCUACUGCUGGCGCCCAAUCUGGCGCAUCACCACUCGUUGCACAUGGCGGUAAAGCGGAUGAGUCCGGCGCACCACAAACGACUGCAGGUAGCCAGAAUGCAGUCCCGCUGCCUCCCCGUGGCACGGAGCAAGCUGCCAGACCAGCCAGGGUCUCCGCUGCACCGGCAAACGGCGGGCACAUAGGAAGCGACGCGGCACACCAGCACCACUCGCACAAUGGUAUGGAGAACGGACAGCUGGCGUCAAAUGUCUUGCCUCUGCCACCACGAGGGCAUUCAAGCUCACCGGAAAGUCAGAAGAAAGCGGUAACUAAAGCAUUGCCGCACCAACGCGAGUCUGUUUCAGGUCAAUUCCUUCCCCAGGGUGGAUUCCUGCCUGAAGAUGCGCUGAGCGCCGUUCCUGUGCUUCCGGUGACCCAGCAGUCGUACGAGGACGUGAACGCUUCCGAAGAGCUAGCCGCUCUGGUGCGCAUGGCCCGCGAAACAUCGAAGCGAGACACGUCGUCGCAAGCACAGGUGACGGCCGCUCUGCCGCCGCCGAUACCGAAGAAAGACGGGUACAUGCAGCCAAAGGACAGUGUUGUUCCGGCUCUGCCGCGUCCAGCUCGCACAGAAGUAGAAUAUGACCAGCCGGCUGUGGACAUGGUCGGCAUGGAAAGUACAGCAGCCGGCACUGCUGACACCUUACAGGGAACCCAGCCAGCACCACUGGGUGUACCGCGGCGUGUAAAGCGGACAUUACCUCGGACCGCAGCCAUCACGGAUGAACCAACGCAGCCAGAGCCAGCUCCAGAACAGCAGCUAACUGAGAAGCAAAGCAAAAGAGCUUCGCUCAUCAGUGCUAGCGAGUCUCUCCAAUUCCUGCAGAACGCAGCCGCUGGGCUGGAUCUGUACCAGACGGAAGCCGAUCCGAGUGCCCAGGUAUCGUCACCCGUAGCUAACAUGGAUCCGCUCCAGUUCCUUCAGAUGGCCGCCGAAGGAUUGAGCGCAGAGAACAGUCCGUGUGAUCCACGGGCCCAGUUGGAGUAUGAGGACGCAGUGGAGUGGAGGAGGCCCAGGCAAGUCAGCCUGGACGACAGCAUCGCACAAAGCGACGAUGAAAUGAACCCGUCGCACGCACAAUGGUUCCAGUCGGGCAUACCGAGGGAGGUGGCAAUGGAAAUCCUGUCUCAUCAGCCGGUCGGCGCGUUCAUCGUGCGCGACAGCCACAGCCGCCAGAACUGCUUUGCCUUGUCGCUGCGCAUCGAUGACGGAAUAACCCACUUCCUGAUCGAGCAAGUCGACGAUGGCACGGUCCGCUUCACUGGUCAAGAACAGUGCUUCGCUGACCUAGGGUCGCUGAUCUCCUUCCAUUGUCACACUCCCGGGCCGUUGCCACUACCACUGUCCAUCGUCAAGCUCAAUCCCAAUCUGGGCUUGGAGGACGACAGCGACGAUGAUGACGAUGGCGAUGGCAUCGAUGGACUGAUGAUUGACGACGACUAUCACAACCUGAUCGGCGGUGAGAACAUAGUGCUGUUGAGUUGAGGCCGGGUGUGACGGCGCAGAGCCAAUCCAUGCUCCGAGUCGUUGACUGUGUGACAGUUCACACACACACUGCCUACAGUGAGCAUGUUGCCGUCGCCAAAUGGAGUAAACUUGAGUAACGCAUUCAUUCGAGCACAGAGCCAUAGCUGACCAGUGUUCUAAGGUGCGAGGCAUCCAACAGCAUAGUCCUCUAUGCCUGAUGGAACAUAGACAGUACACGGCUGCACAGUCCGGUGAUAUCGCUGAACACACAUCUGCUCAACUGCUGCUCACCAUUGCCAUUGAACCAGUUCAGUACACUGAGCCCAUGCAGAUUGCAUGUGCUCUUAAUAGAAUAUACCCUAUUUCCCUCACUAAUGACUCCAAUGCUUCAAAUAUGGACUACACAAUGACAUAAUUAUCAUGCUCUUUUUGGCUGGCUUUUAGGGUUUACCGGGUGUUAGCGGCCGUCGUGGGUUCCCUUCGGGAACGGACACGAUAAUUUACUGUUUUUGGCUGGCUAAAUUGAUACUGACCACCCAUAUCCCGUGCCGUCCAUGAUAGGAUUGCCUCAGAUUUUCUAGAUCAAUGAUUGUCACUCGCAGUUGGCAAUGCUGCAAUACAGAAGAACAAAGAGAACAACGAGUGAGUAUAGUGUUUCCAGACUCAGAGCUGUGCAUCGGUUUUGCUGAAAGAUCACGGUCGGAAUUUCGCUUGCGGCGUUUUUACCGCCUGGUAAGCAUUGCAUUUCACAUUAACUUAGACAGAGUGGUGGUACUGGAGAUGAUGUUGGUAAUACCUGGAGACGUCA